CGAGUGUAUUGGUAUCACGAGCGGUUCCUGGCGAGGCUGUAAAGCAGGGGACAACGGUGUGUGUUGAAUUGUCGAGAGCAAAAGAAGGAGAAAAAAAAACUAUAAUACCAAUUUACAUUUCCUUGAUGGUGGAAUACUGAAAUCUUGUGUGUACCAUUGUGCUGUGCUAUUGCCUUUAAUUUAACUGCGAAAGAGUACAGCCGCUGCCACGAAAGAAAGGACACACGGGUUCGUUCGUUCGUUUGCGAAAUCGGAGUGUUUGGUCAUUCGCGAAAGUUGCCCAUUGAUUUGCUCCUGUUUGGGAGGACUGUGUUUUGGGAAAAUUUUUGCGUCUCGCGUUUCCGAAGGAGUUUUUCGCGUUGGGGAAAAACGUUUGCCCACCUCUUGCCCGAUAUCCUACGACAGUCGGGAGAAGAAAAAUAAACGGACCCGAGAGGGAUGCAUAGUGCUUAUUGAUUUGCCCCACGGUGGAGAGUUUCCGCCCCGCAGAAUCGGCCAAAAUCUGGAACAGAAAUGUCAAUCUGGAAAAAUUUUCAAUCGAGCGAUUACUGAGCCGAUUUUCGAACGGAGGAAAAGUGCUACCGAGAUUGUUGACCAUCGUGCGAAACGGGUGCUGUCAUUUCCUUUUGUUUGUUUUCUGCAAUCGAUAAGAAAUAAAGUGGAAGAAGUUUUGCAUCCCCAGUAAAGAAGAGAAAUUGCUGCAAUUGCAAUUUCGGUAGUGGUGAAGAAGGGUCGGCAAAAUCUCCCCUUUAAGUGAAUAUUUUGCUCAAAUUAUACGCCGAUCUAAUGAGAAAAAGAGCAAAAGAAGUGUGGUGCCAAUUGCUUUAGUCAAAUCUACAGUGGAAGUAAUAUAAUAUAGGGUCGAAAGUGCAAAUAUUUUAAGGUGAAAGUUGUGUAAAAUCAUUUGUUCGCACGGGAAAGAGGGGCCAGCUUUUACAAUUAGGUGUUCUGCCAGAUUCCAUCGAAGGUGUCAACAUGGAACAGGUUGGGGUCUUUGAGUAUAGUAGCAAGGAUCUGAUAGGUCAUGGAGCCUUUGCCGUUGUCUUCAAGGGUCGACAUCGGGAGCAGAAAGGUUUCCCGGUUGCGAUUAAAAGCAUCACGAAGAAAAGCCUCGCCAAAUCCCAGAGCCUGUUGGGGAAGGAGAUAAAGAUUCUGCGGGAGCUGAGUGCACUGCAGCACGAGAAUGUCGUCACACUGCUGGCCUGCACCGAAAAGGAUCACAACGUGUACCUGGUGAUGGAGUUCUGCAACGGUGGCGAUUUGGCGGAUUAUUUGGGCGUGAAGGGAACACUCAGCGAGGAUACGAUACGACUGUUUUUAUGUCAAUUAGCGAGUGCAAUGAAGGCAUUAUACGGAGUCGGCAUCGUCCAUCGGGACUUAAAACCACAAAAUAUUCUGCUCUCUCACAAUUGCGGAAAACACCUUCCAGCACCAUCGAAAAUCACACUCAAAAUAGCCGAUUUCGGUUUCGCUCGAUUUCUACAAGACGGAAAUAUGGCGGCAACCCUCUGUGGAUCCCCGAUGUACAUGGCACCCGAGGUGAUUAUGUCUCUCCAGUAUGACGCAAAAGCUGACCUUUGGUCACUGGGGACCAUCGUUUUCCAGUGCCUCACCGGCAAGGCGCCAUUCCAGGCCCAAACGCCCCAGGAGCUGAAGAUGUUCUACGAGAAGAACGCCAAUCUAGCUCCAAAAAUCCCGCCAGGAACCUCCAAAGAACUUACCGAUCUGCUCGUUGGUUUGCUCAGACGAAACGCAAGGGAUCGAAUGAAUUUUGAUCAGUUCUUCUGUCACGUCUUCCUGCAGCGGCAGAUGACGCCACAAAGUAGUGAUAUCCCACAAUCCUCUGCGGGACCACAGCCAUCCCCUGGCGGCAAAGUCACUAGUCCACAAACGAAGACGGGUCUAUCACCUCUUCAGCAGCAGCAUUUUCUACGUCAACAACAACAACAGAACCAACUGCACCAACAACAGCAGCAGCAACAGCAACAACAAAUACAACAGCAACAAUUGCUGCAACAACAGCAAAAACAGCAACAAAUUCAACAGUUGCAGCAACAGCAACAACAACAACAACAACAGGAACAACAAAAACAACAGACGUUGGAGAAUAACAACUUGCCUGCGGAGAUUGACGAUAGCGUUGCGACGCUUGCAAGUGCUAAUAACACAUCCAACAGCAGCCAGGAUAAUUCUGAUGAGUUUGUGUUAGUACCAAGCGAUUUACCGGCGGAUCCUGGCUGCAUCAAUUACGAAAAAAGUAAACCAAAUAGAGUGCCUCAAACAACUAAGAACGCCCAGGCGAGUCCACCGAGACCAAGCACACUAUUGAUCUCGGAACCAAAACCCGUCCCGUCUACAGCUAGAAAGAUUACUCGACCACAACCUAACACUCCACCAAAGAACAUCCCCAAUGCAAUACCUCGAUCUCAGCCCAUCAGCAUGAAACGAUCUGAGCAUCGGACCAGUAGUUGUGAUAUCAGCUCGAUAUCGCCACCCUCAGUGCAAUUCGCUAUCGGCACUUCACCUUCCGGUGGCCGCCGGAGGUCGACCUCCGGAGGAUCUCUCUCCGAAACGCCUCCCCCCUGUUGGACGGUGAGUCCAGCGUCUCAGCAGUCACCGCUGCGCCGCUCUGACACCAGCUCCCCAGUAUUAUGCAACGCUCUAUCGAAGCUACCUGCCCUGGGUAGUCCUACGUUGCUGGCAGCACUGGAGAACAACAACAUGCAUCCGUUGGGAGCGCGCGCAUUUACGCUGCCCGAGAUGGGUGCCAUCGGAGGACUGCAGAGCUAUCUCCACGAACACAAUUUGGACGAUCAUCCGAUCAAUUUCCACGCGCCUGAGUUGCCGGCCGAAACGCUGCUCGAUCGCGACCACAAUGAGACCCUAGCGAAGCUGAACUUUGUCAUCGCCUUAACCGACUGCAUCCUGGAGGUGGCGGAUUCCCGCUGCGCACCCCUGUCGGCCCUGAUGUCCAUCGAUGCGCUAUCGCUAACACCCCACGCUCCGGAGCAGUGUAAACGGGCGGAACGGCUGGUGCUACUGGUACGCGCGCUCAAUCUGCUCUCGUCCGGGUUGAAUCUCGCCACGGCACAUCUGCACAGUGGCCACCUGAAGCCAUCGAAUACCGUUAAAAAUGGUAAUUUUGUUAGAUAUUUUGAAGCAAUUCUCACGAAGGUUCUCUCUAUGAUGCACAGCCGCUACCGGGCGACUCUGCUCGAAUCGAAAAAACUGAACGGCGCAGGCUUGCUGCAGAGGGCCACCGCAUGCAAUAUUACCGCGGACAGGAUUCUGUAUGACCACGCGAUACAAAUGUGCCAAUCAGCAGCUCUGGACGAGCUUUUCGGAAACGCCGAGGACUGCUUCACCCGUUACCAGUCGGCGCAGAUUUUGCUUCAUUCGCUGACCCAGAAGUGCAAUAAUACACAGGAUAGAAUGCUGCUAUCGAAAUACAAAGAUGCCGUCGAAAAGCGACUGUACAUCCUCCAGCAGCAGGGAGUCAUCUACGCGACCGAUGAGCUCUCAUGAACCAGCGCCUUGCAGACGCUCAGCCGACGGCUAGCGAGAAUCUUCUGACUAGAGCCCAUCUGGAAGGCCAGCAAAACCCAUCCCAUCGAUGGAUUACCCGUGAAACGCUGCUAUGGAACCGAGUGAAUGCGACUUUUUUUUCGCAGUUUAUUCCCUCGGGGAAGAUUGGACUUCAUUUUUCGUUUAUUUCAUAUACUAUUUUACUAUGAUUCAUUUAUUUUUUCUCUCUCUCACGAGAUCAUAUGUCCGCAAUCAUCGGACACACUUUGAGAGUACUUCCUGCUGAUGCCGUGUAGAACUGCUGUAUAUAAAAUUUGCAAAAACAAAAAUCAAAUAGAGCUUCGUGCUGUAGAAAACCUAAAAUGGAUAAUCACUCUGGCCAACUAACGAUUACGAAACGCUUCCGUAAAUGUCACUAUCACUCUAUGGUUCACACACACCUUAGGUAAGCUUGAACGCCAAUCGCUUGUGUAAAUACGAUGCCGCCAAAAUUUGUAUGCUCAUCACUUGUACAUAGGUCGCACGUGAACGUUUCGGGGCGGACAAUCCCCCGAUAAGUCAUUGCUUUCAAAGUACCAGUUCUGGAAUGUUACGAAAAGUCAGUUGUCGUUGAGACGUAAAUUCAUUUUUGAGUGUUUCUUGAUUUGCCUAGAUAAAUAAAAGAAAUCAUAUCUAAUUGAAUAUAAGUGGUGCGCAGAGUACUCUCGAAGUCUGUCUUUUUUGGAUUCUAAUUUUUUUAACCAUUCAUAUUCACAAAUUUUACAUUUUGGUAUACACAUUGUGGUCUCCAAUGACUGAUUGAGCAUCACACAUUUGAACGGGAGUGGAAGAACGAGCAUAUUUUUCGAACACAACAUACCAUUUCCGUUUUUAAUCAACUUAAGUUCUUUAGUGCGUAUGUGAGAGAGGCAAUACAUACCAUUCAAAUGAAAAAUGAAAAACGUAGAACCUAAGUACAAAACGCUAUCCAUUAUGAAGUAACUCCUUUAGAGGCGAAUGAACUGCAAAGUUUAAAGCCUCUUAAAAACAAAGAAAGAAGAAGAAGUAACUCCUUGACAAGAAGAACAACAACAGAAAACAGAGAGUGUAUAACCGUGGACGAUGUUUAGAUGGUCUUUAUAAUGCAAUACUCGACUAGCCUCAAUAAGCUCCCCAAUGUAACGGAAAUCCGCGAAAACAGUACUAUCAGAAAAUGUACACUCAUCCUCACGCACCUGAAAAUCCAAGAUGUGAAGUGAAAAUUAUUUUCUUGGCAAUCUUCCCAUGGCAGAAGCAUUUGCUCAGAGGAGGAUGACAAAGAACGAUUAUGUGCAUGUGUAUGAAUGUUAUCAGGUCACAAUGACAGUGAUAAGUGUUAAUAUAAAACCAUACACACACACAGGAAGAACAUUUGCAUCUUCGACUUUUUACUAUACCACUAAACAAAACAUAAAUGACUAAAUAUGAUGGCUAAACAAACAGAAACAACUAGAGAAAAUAACGCGAGAUUAUAGAAAGAUCAGAUAGCCACCACAUAUUAUUAUAAAAGGAAAACCAAUACAUGUUAGAGGGAAACUAUAACACACACUCACAGAAGAAAUCUUCGUGAAACAAUAAUGAAAAUAAUAAUAAAAAUAUAUUAAAACUAA